AGGACAAACAAAGGGUUCUGCAUGAGGUCUCUGCACAGAAAGGACUUCCAGAACAGGUGUUGUACCCACAGUGCCACAGGAAGUUAUGGAUCUGAAUAAUACUACUGAUUACUUGAUCAGCAUGACCACACUAAGAAGAAACAUCAGUUUCCCUGCUCCUCCCUCAGUAACUAACCUGGUGAUUGCCCUUCUCUCAUCCAUCUCAUUCAUUCUUGGUAUCACAGCCAAUGGAAUUUAUCUAUGGGUGCUAAGAUUCAAGAUGAAAAAGACAGUCAAUACUCUUUUAUUUUUCCAUCUCAUUCUUUCAUAUCUUAUUUCUGCACUGAUUGUGCCUUUCAAGGUCACCUCCUACCUUCAAGGCAAUCACUGGAGUUUUGGGAUUGCCAUGUGCAAAAUCUUCAAUAGCACCUUUUCCUUGGGGAUGUUUGCCUCUGUUUUUAUUCUGUGUGCCAUCAGUCUUGAUCGCUAUGUUCUUACUCUUCAUCCAGUAUGGUCACAGCAACACAGAAACAAUCAUUGGGCUUCCAUCACUCUCAUCGGGAUUUGGAUCUUUGCCGCCGUCCUCAGCAUUCCCUAUCUGGUAUUCCGGGAGACUCAAAAAGACACAAAUGGAGUAGUGACCUGCAAAAACAACUAUGCUUUAUUCAAUAGCUGGAAAAGCCAGGAGACCCAGGCAUUGAGGAAAGGGGUCCACAUAACCUUAUUCAUUAGCCGCCUCUUGCUGGGUUUUCUUCUGCCUUUAUUCACCAUUAUAUUCUGUUAUGGUAGAGUAGCCCAGAAGAUGAAGCAAAGGGGCCUGGUUAAGUCUAGCAAACCCUUUAAGGUUAUGGUGACCUUUAUUAGCUCUUUCUUUGUCUGCUGGAUGCCCUACCAUGUCUACCAAGGUUUACUUAUCAAUGAGACUCACACACUAGUCAUAAAACUAACUCUAAUACUUACAGCCAUUACUGUUUCAUUUAACACAUUCUUUUCUCCCACAUUUUAUCUAUUUAUUGGAGAGAACUUCAAGAAGGUUUUCAAACAAUCUAUUGUUGCUUUAUUUGAGUCAGUUCUAUAUGAGAAGUCUUCCUUAGAGCAGUCCCAAAACCUAAGUACAAUAAAGUCAGUUUAA